GACUAGUCAAACCCAACGAACCAAUUUGCCUGACCAAUAAUCCUCCGGUAGCCGUCAGCAAACUACCGCCUCGUAGACAGCUGAAACUUUAGCGCACACCGCCAAGUUAUUUUUUUUAAACAUAUUUAUUGAUAUAAAGCUUAUUCAACUCUCGUUGAUAACGUAACCGGAGCAAAAAGCCAGAUAAAAUAUAAAACGAUGCUAUUACGAAAGAUUAUAGUGUGAGUGACAGAAGUGUUCGGAGGCUGUGAAUUGCAUAUUAUAUUAGUAUUAGUCAAAUUUUAGUUUAUUUAUUUGUUGUUUGUUAUUGUUAUUGUUUCCGAACCAUUUGGCGGCCACUAUAUAUUUACCUUCUUCAACCUUCAACUCGCUCUGAAAGUUAAAACGAACGUAACUGAACCAUGGCCCACCACCACCACAACUUCGAGAUGAUCGAAGUUGAAGAUGACCGUCAACGACCCAAAAACAAAUUCAAAUCGUGUCUUAAACAAAACGUCCUUACAAUAGCAACGAUGCUAGGAGUCAUCCUGGGAGUUGGCAUAGGUAUUAUCCUCAGAAAUUCCAAAGGAAACUGGACGCCAAGAGAAAUAAUGUACAUAGGAUUUCCAGGACAAAUAUUCUUAAGGAUGCUGAAGGCCCUGAUCCUGCCUCUAAUAGUAUCGUCCUUGGUAUCGGCAAUAGCUAGUCUCGACUUGUCGCUGUCAGGAAAAAUAGCCGCAAGGGCUGUCGCUUAUUACUUAACCACUACUUUUGCUGCGGUGGUGUUAGGUAUGAUCACUGUGGUGGUCAUCAGGCCAGGAGUCGGCCACCAUCCAAAAGAUGUCAACAAAGAGGAUAAAAGAAAUGUCACCACAGUGGAUACAUUGUUAGACUUAAUACGAAACAUGUUUCCGCCAAAUAUGAUUGAAGCAACCAUUUUCCAGACACGAACAAAUCUUACUCCUCCCAAUGACCGAGAAACAGAUCCAUACCUAUUCAAAAUAGGUGAGCCCGUAACCAUUCAAAGCACCAACAUAUUGGGUCUGGUGGUCAUAGCAGCCGCCCUAGGCAUAGCCAUCGCCCAACUGGGCAAAGAGGCAGAGGUUUUGGCCAACUUUUUCCACAAUUUAAUGGCGGUUAGCAUGAAGAUCACUUCGUGGGUAAUCUUCCUUUCGCCUGUCGGUGUACUCUUCUUGGUGUCAUCCAAGAUCAUGGAAAUGGACGAUAUUUUCACUGUAGUAGGGCAGUUGGGGUGGUAUUUCGCCACGGUAUGCGUAGGAUUGACAGUACAAGGAUUCGUCAUUUUGCCGUUAUUGUAUCUCCUAUUAGCCAGGAAAAAUCCUAUAACGUUUAUAAACAAUAUGUCCCAAGCAAUUAUAACAGCGUUUGGAUGUGCUUCGAGUUCCGCCACACUGCCUCUAACCAUCCGUUGCUUAGAAGAAAAGAACGGCGUAGAUCCCAGAGUAGCGAGAUUUUGCUUACCCAUAGGAUCGACCAUCAAUAUGGACGGUACGGCUCUGUACGAAGCAGUAGCGGCCAUCUUCAUAGCACAAGUCAGAAACGUUCCCUUGGAUUUCGGUAGUCUAGUAGCUAUAAGUGUAACGGCGACAGCUGCAAGUAUAGGUGCUGCGGGUAUUCCACAAGCUGGACUAGUAACUAUGGUCAUGGUGUUGGAUACUUUAGGACUGCCAGCCGAAGAUGUCAGUUUGAUUUUGGCUGUUGACUGGUUAUUGGAUCGCUUCCGGACAGCCAUCAACGUAAUGGGUGACGCUUUCGGUGCCAGUAUAGUCUACCACCGAAGUCUCAGGGAAUUGGGCAUCCUGGUGUCCACGGAAGCAUCGCCGGACGACCCUCCGGAGUACAUCGACGGCGAAGCCACUACAGGAAAAUCCAAACUCACACCACACAUGCGCGAAACCAUCCAAUAAGGAAAACGAACUAG